AUGGGGGCCCAUGGCGGGUGGUGCCCCCUCAUCUCGCCGCCAGAGUCUCCCCGGGUGCGGCCGUUGCACAUCCUCCCCACUCUCUAUGUGUGGGUUGUGUGGUGGCGGCGGAGACGCUGUCAGACGCGCAGAUACUGGGAGCGCCUGAGCACUUUGCAUCUCGAGGAUGCCACCUGUCUGGACUGCUUUUGCCUGAACCGUGCCACCAUCCAGGAGCUGUGUGAGCAGCUCGAGGCGAGCCUCUGCAGCCAGGUGACUGGCCCCCGCCCCAUCCCCAUCCUGCAGCAAGUCCUCAUCCCCCUGUGCUUCCUGGCGACUGGCUCCUUCCAGGGUGUGGUGGCUGAGGUCCUGGAGGUCUCCCAGUUAUCGGCCAGCCACUGCCUCUACUCCAUCCUAGACACCAUGCUUCAGCGCCUCCAGCAGCAUAUGCAGUUCCCAACAGACGAGGAGGAGCUGUGGACUGCCAGAGCAGGCUUCGCGGCGGUUGCGGGGUUCCCCAAUGUCAUGGGGGCUAUGGACUGCAUGCAUUUCGCCCUGGUGGCCCCACGGGAGGAUCCCAUGGUGUACCAGAACAGGCACCACUUCUACAGUCUCAACGUGCAGGCAUCCUCCGACCACCAGGGACUUUUCACAGAUCUGGUGGCGAAGUUCCCUGGGAGUGUACAUGACGCCCAGAUCUUCAUGUCCUUGGGCCUCAAUUGCCUCCUGGCAGCCUGGCCGGAUGGGCAAGGGUGGUUGCUAGGUAAGGCCACCAGGUGGUGGCGUGGAGCGCCCCUCCCAUCCCCUGUUCUCACCUUCCUGUCCUCUACAGGUGACGGAGGGUACCUGUUGCUGCCCUACCAGGAGGACGCGCCCGAGGACCGGGUAGCAUACAACCAGGCGCACAGGGCCACUCGCAUGGUCAUCAAGCGUGCCUUCAGGCAGCUGAAGAUGAGGUUCUGCUGCCUGCACCACACAGAUGGCUGA